GGAAACGUAACUCCAUCAUGACGAGGGUCCAGUCGAAGAACGACGUGGUGUAUUUCAGUGGAUGUCAGUGCCAUGUGGUGCACAACACUGCAAUGGAGGCCUCGACUGCACUGACAGAAGCAACCGGAUUCGACGUCCAAGAUCUUAUGGUGGAUGUGUUUUAUUGGUUCGACCAAUCAACAAAGCGGAAGCUAAGCUAGUCGAGUAUGCUCAGUUCUUUGAUCAAGAGUAUCGUAAGAUCCUGAAAUAUGGAAGUACUAGAUGGCUCAGCAUGGAGAAAGUGGUAACCCGGCUGCUUACACAGUCUCCUACACUACUUUACUACUUCCUGUCGGAGGGGGAAAGUGCACCACGCUUCAAGAGGCUGAAAUAUCUUUCGGAAACCCCAUGACAGAGGUCUAUCUCCUGUUUUAUCAGGCCGCCUUGCAGAUCCCCCUAAACCUCAACCUAGUUCUUCAGAGACGACCCUCUCAUUGGCGCCAUUAGCUCGAGCCUUAAACGCUUCCUCCAGCAGCUGGCGAUGAAGUUUAUCCCACGAAAGACCGUCCACCAAGCAGCGUCAAUGGAAGAGCUCCUGGAUGCAUCCAAGCAUUUGCCAGAUUCCAAUGUGGAUGUUGGGCUUAUCACGAAGACUUCUUUGAAUAAGCUUGUUGCCGCCGGCGAUGUUAGCCCUGACGCCGCAUCAACAUUUUACAAGGGAGCCAAGCUGUUUUAUGCCUUAGCUUUCCAGUACGCCCUUAAGCGCAUGUCUUUUAAGGAAGACCUGCUAGUAAACGCAGGGUUUGUACACUUUGAAGAGCGAGAGACCAUCAAUGCUGACAUGCCGGUUUUCUUUGUUCGAGGUAUCCGAACCUUCUCCCUUUUUGGGUCAGCCAUCGAACUGGAGGCCCUCUACCGAGAGGUGAACGACUUCUCUCUGAUGUCAGAUGGUGACCUUCCUAGCGAUGUCAGGCAAGCCAGCUUGGUUGAUGGUGGGCGCCUGAGGCCAGAUGCUGUGUGGGGCUACUUAAAUGGCCUGGUAUCACCUGAUGGCCAACCACGCUUUCCGCGUCUCUCCAAGGUCACCCAGCUGGUAUUGACCAUACCACACUCCAAUGCAGCUGAGGAGAGGGUGUUCUCCAUGAUAAAGAAGAACAUGACACCCCACCGCUACUACUUAGACCACGAGGGUACGCUGUCAAUUAUCAUGACGAUCAAGCUGGAGCAGAGCAACCAGCCAGACGGCAUCAAGCUCCCUCCUGAGCUCCUGGAAUCUGCCAAGACCGCCACUUUGGUCUACAACCGGGACCACCGAUGAGCAUUUUAAAGAUGACCGUCUACUUUUUAACGAUAGCCCCAGGGCAGAUAACUUCAGGGGGGGGGGGGUUCUUUACCAGAUGGUGAGGAGAGAGUAGUAACUCGUAUCAGGGUGCUAAAGGGGGUAUGGAUCACGUUUCACGGACAGACAAAUAGCCUUUUAAAUAGUCGUUUCUCGACAGUAAAAAAACGGCCAAAUCUUGUUUCACGAAAAUUCCCGUUACCACCCUGUCGUAUAACAAAAACCAUGUCUGUCUCAGGGCCGAUCGUUAUAAUUGUAUGUGGAUUUGAGUAUGAAAAAGCCACUUUUUUAUCGUUGUUAUGGAAUUGUGGUGGUGGAAAAUGGUGCAUUUAUGAAAAUGUGUAUUAUGAUAAAGUAAAACUGUUUGCAUUGUUAUUAAAGUUGUAGCAAAAUAAACUAGCUAAACCUAAUAAAACAGUACAUUAUCCC